CUACCCCUGCCCCUUCUCUCUUCGUCGCGCCUCCGCCUCCGCCGUCGUAGCAUCCUCCUCCGCCACCUCGGCCAUGGCGACAUCCCCAGCGCUCCUCUUCCCUUCUCCCUCCUCGGCAUCCUCUGCGCCUUCGUCGGCGCGGGUGGAGGCAGUGGUGCUUUUCAACGUCUGCGACAGCUACGUGCGGCGCCCGGACCAGGCGGACCGCGUCAUCGGCACCCUCCUCGGUUCCCUCCUCUCCGACGGCACCGUCCACGUCCGCAACUCCUAUGUCGUCCCCCACAGCGAGUCAGCCGACCAGGUCGCCAUCGACAUCGACUACCACCAUAACAUGUACGCCUCGCACCAGAAGGUGAACCCCAAGGAGGUCAUCGUCGGAUGGUUCUCGACUGGAUUUGGUGUUUCUGGGGGGAGUACGCUCAUCCACGAGUUCUAUUCAAGGGAAGUACAAAACCCCAUCCAUCUUACAGUCGACACUGGCUUCACUAGGGGGGAGGCUUCCAUCAAAGCCUACAUCUCAUCCAAUCUGUCCCUCAGAGAUAGUCAACUCGCUGCACAAUUUCAGGAAAUCCCUCUGGAUCUGAAGAUGAUUGAGGCGGAAAAGGCUGGAUUUGAGAUCCUGAAAUCUACUAUGGUAGAGAAGCUCCCCAAUGAUCUGGAAGGAAUGGAGUCAUCGAUGGGGAAGCUUUACAUUCUUAUCGAUGAGAUCUACAAAUACGUCGAUGAUGUUGUGGAAGGACGCGUGGCACCCGACAACAGAAUUGGAAGGUUCAUCUCUGAUUCUUUUGCUUCGGUGCCGAAAUUGUCCCCGGCUGCUUUCGAUAAGCUUUUCAAUGACAAGAUUCAGGAUAACCUUGCGCUGGUAUACCUGUCAAGCAUCACAAGGACACAAAUCAGCAUCGCCGAGAAGUUGAACACUGCUGCUCAAGUGCUGUAGGUUUGGCGGUGUGGCAUCUGGUUUGGACGUGGAUGGCUUGAUGCUAUCUGUGAUGCUUGGCGUAAGUGUGAUUGGUGACAGAAAUGCAUUUUUGUACUCAUUAUUAUUAUUGCUAAAUGAGAGACCUGAUGGAAAGGGUUAGCCAACGAUGAGAUCCCAUAAUGUUGCCAGAAUGCCAGUAGAGUGGUGGAUGGCGAGAUGUUUCUGUUUGGAUAGUAUUCUGUGCUCCAGGUUGAAUAUUUGUAAUGCUCGUUGGUUUUGUGUAGCGACACAUCGGCAAUGUGGAGCAAUGAAGAGAUUUGCUCCACAUUUUACGUCGUCAUUUAGAGGUGUGGUGGCAUGCAAUGUGAUGCUGUUGUUGCAGGAAAAUCGGUUUUGCUGUCCUGUU